UGAUGACCCCUGUGAAGUAACGGAAAAUAACAAAACGCUACUGAUACAUCAAACUUGUUAUUCCAAUUGGCAGAACUGGAAUUCUCAACAAGUUUAGCUUUCAAAACAUUUUCGAAUUUUCAAAUUGAAUAAUGACGGAAGUACUCAUCAAAAAUAUAUUUGACAAUUCAGCAUAAUUUUGUCAAAUCUCAAUUUCUGAAAUCAGUCACAUUACUUUGUUUGAUCAAUAAAAAGGUUAAACCUGAUUGUUCAGUGCACAAAAUGGAGAGCAUCUUAUUGCCCAGUGAAAUUGAACUUUAUAUAGACACAAUGAUGCCGCAGAAAAUGGAAAAUAUAGGAUCUCAACAGUGGUUUGAUUGGCACCAAAGAAUACAAAAGUUGAAUCAACAAGCACUUAUCGAGGCAUCUGUUUUGAAGGAGGAGCAAGUAAAAGAAACGUUGGUUUCAUUUGGAAAAUUGAACGUCUUAACACACGAAGCAAUUUUGAUAAACAUCUGGAAACACAAGGUUCUUCCGCAUAUUCUCAAGCUGCAACCGUAUCCCGAUAGUACCUUCAUAGUUUAUUCGAUCCUGUACCAUGAAGCAGUUUGCGUGGCCUUACUAGAGCUGGUCUUGUACCACCCCAACUGCUGCGAAGCCUUAGAAGACACGUCUGGUGAUCUUUUAGAGUAUGUAACCGGAAACGUAUCUCAGCUUCUGUCGGUUAAGUUAACCGAACCUAACAACCAAGAGGCGCCGGUUGAUGAAAUCAACAGACAGAAAAAUAGUCUUACGUUUGAUAUUGGAAUACGUUCGCUGUCGAUUGUGAGAUACAUCGCCGAGAAUUUGGAAGGACUUCCACUGAACGUGCGUUCAAAAAUGUAUGCAGAUUAUGAUGUGCCAGUCCUUUUCACGGAGAUCAUGUUGGCCGCACCGUGGGCGAAAAACGGAAAGGUUUAUUCAGGAGGGUCCUGGAAAGCUUGGGACAACGAACAGCUUGGACAAAGCGAAGCGCAGGUUUGGCUGACUCUAAGACACCUUCUUCUCGACCCAGAUUGCCCAAAGUACUAUCCCCUUACCGAGAGUCGUCGUAAUCACCUGGCCAAACUGCUCCCCUUGAUGAAACCCACCCUCCUAGAUCAGCUUUCCCCUUUGAUCGAACUGAACCACUGGUUGUGUCGCGUUAACUUUCUCGAUCAGUCGGCGGCACCUCCCAAACCUCUUCUCAUCGAAGCCCUCUUGGAGAUCAAGGAAAAAAUCUUGAGACAGACGGGCGGGAAAUGGAAGAAGUUGGCGGAAAAACAACUGCCGGUUGUGUUUACGACGGAUAAGACUUUGCUUUUUGAUAUAGCAUCGAAGCUGAGCGAUGCUUAUAAUGCCGAACUCCUGGAGAAAUUUGAAGUGAAAAGCCAGGCCAAAUGUGCUCAAUGCGGCAAAGAAGCUAUCCAAAGAUGUGGACGGUGCCAGAAAGCUUGGUACUGCAACCGUAUUUGCCAAACGGACCACUGGGGCGAACAUAAGAAACAAUGUUGUCUCUAAACUAUUGUAAUUUGUUAAUUUUGUGUAUUGUUCACGUUGGUUGAAAAAAAGUCUAACGACACUU